UGUUGGAACUUGGCAACAGUGCAUUGAGUGAGCUGACGUCAGUUAAAAUAAAAUGGCGGAUCGGUUGACUCAGUUACAAGAUGCGGUGAAUGCGCAAGCAGAAAAUUUUUGUAAUAGUAUUGGGGUACUUCAACAAUUUGCUGCACCAAGUAGUUUUCCAGAAUUUGAAAAGUCACCACCAAAAUCUCAGCAACAGCAACAACAACAAGAAGAUUAUGCUCAUCUAUUUGCUACAUUAAUUGCAAGAACAGCUAAAGAUAUAGAUGUUUUGAUUGAUUCUUUGCCUAGUGAAGAUUCCUCACCAGAAUUACAGGCUGCCAGUCUUCGUCGAUUAGAACAAGAAAAUCAAGAUGCAGCAAGACGAUUAGAAGAAGUUGUAAGGAGAGGAGAUGUAUUAUUAGAUCAAAUUCAGCAGGCUCUUCAUGACAUUGCUCAGUCUCAAUUAGAAAUACAGAGAGUAGAGGAUUCUGUAUCCUAGAUUUCUAAUUUAGAAAUCGAUAAUCAAAAUAAAAUGACAUAUUUGUUAUAAUGUUUUGAUGAAUAAUGUAAAUA